GAGCAGCCUAGAAUAUUUCGGAAGAAGAGUAAAGGUGCUUUUUUUGAAUUUGAAGUGACCAAAAGUAAAGACAUUAUAAGUGUAUUCCAUCCUGUUCUCGUUCUGGUUAUCCGCCUGUGGCUACAGAUCGUCUGUUCUUUGUUCAAUCCCAGAAGGUUAUCGCCGCCACUGGGACGCAGACCACUCCUUCUACCGGUCAGACUGCCGAUACCUCCAUCAUGAAUUUGAAGCUACCCACCACCAGACACCAGCAACCGCCUGAGCCGGGCAUCUUCGACUUUCGCUGCGAGGGAAAACAAGUUCUUCCUUCAGGCGAAAGGGUGUCAUAAAUCGUUCGCCGUUCUUCAUCUCGGUGGGAAGUGGACGGCUGCGAGCGAAUAUCAAGGGUCUUCCGAACAAAAUGGGUCUUUUUUCAAGAGCGAAAAAAGUGGAUCCCGAGGCAGAAACCGCCGCCGAUGAGCCGGGUGACGACGGUGCAGCAUCGCCCGUCGGCGGGGAGGGAGAGAAUCCCGCGACGCUGCCCGGUAGUGUGCCGCUCGACGAGACCUUCGGGGGAUCCAGUCCCAGCAAUGGUAAAUCACCGACUGGGUCGCCAGGUGAUGAUGAGGACGAGGAAAGUUUCGACGAGGGACACCUCAGUGAUGAAGACGAUUCGUCCUGGGGUGGCAGCAGUGAAGACAUUGACCGCGACCGAACGCAGUUGGCCGCACAUCCUUAUUGGACCUUGCCUUGGCUUCGAGGCAAGCAGUACCGCAAGCGCGAAAAGGAGGCGGAGAGAGUUUCCGUGAGCAAGGGCGAGAUGCUCUCGUAUACUGCUAGACAAUUUGUUUCCACGUAAAAUGAUUGAAAAUCAAAGUUUGCGUAAAUUUGCUCAUUGAAGGUUUGCUUUUUGUUUUUGCCUCCUAGAGACUUGCUUACCGGAACCGGAUGAACGCGUUUUUGUAAGCCAUGGGCAGGACUAAGCAGCUGUGCUGAAUCUUUGCAAGUACUACCAAACUGCCUUUUUUUUUGGAGCUCGGCCAUUUUUUCAGCAAAACAAGAAGAAACUGCCCGGAACAAACAGGUUCUUAAAUGCCUAUCUGUGGUUUCUGGAAGCUGGAGGCGGUAUACCCUUUACCUUGGCAAUGUGGAUGACAUUUGUGCUCUUGGUGCAGCUUCAUGGCGACGUCGAGCAAACCUUCUCGGUGAAACGCACGCUCGCUGACUCCGUCUCUGGAAUUGUCGCACACCCUUUACUAUGCAUUGCAAAUAUGUCGUCUGGCUCUGGAAAUAAACGCCGCGUCUGUAUUAAUGCUAGACGAGGUCGACAGCGACACAAAAAUGAAAAUCUGUAUUGAAUGAGUAGCAAAAGCCACCCACUGGCUGUGGGUCACUUGGAGACGAGAUUUCUCGUACAGGAUAGGCAUCGGGGUCGGGGAUCCUCUCAACUUGUGAUGCCACGGCUCGCAACAUUCCAAACCUUCUGCUUCUGGGUCAUGAUACUAGAUAAAGCUGCUUCAUGAAUAUACAAAAAAAAGCUGGUGCGUCACAAGCCUUGUACUCUUCCAGACCAUGACAUAUUUUUUGCAUCUGAUAUUCACUAGGGAACGCGCCCGCCAUCGAAGGAUCCACGCAAGAGACGGUACCACUUUGAGAAGUAGAAGCUCAUAAUUGAUUUAGAAGCAAAAAUAAUGCGUAUUGAAAAUUUGUACAACUAGAACUACUGCUUGAUACAACUACUACCAGUAUGCGUGUUGUCACUCAUACUGCGUUUGAAAUCGUCCUCCACAGGUAGUGCAAAUGCACUGCGAUUGCAACUGCCAGCCUCGGGAGGCGCUCGACCGCGGCGUGGCGAAGCUGCGGGGCUGCGAGUCUGCCCUUGAUAUGUCUCAAUUCGCAUUUCUGGACCAAGAUCAACAAGUAUCCGUGCAUCGAAUCGCCGGUAUGGUUGACGGACAAACCUACACCGAAUUCGCCAUGCAAAGCACCAGGGAACAAAUAUUUCAAGAUAUUGAGAGGAAAAACGUACCCACACCAGAGUCAGGAUGGGGAUUUUGCAACACAAACCUAGGAGUUUUGUGAGUCACGCAUGACAAGUUGCACUCUGCAGUGUAGUGCAGGUUAGCAAGUGCAGCCGCAUCACAGAUUCAUCGGCUCAUCCUGUUCACAGCAUCACAAAUGCCAAAACACGAUUGGAAAUGGCUCUCAUGGUGAUGCGCAUUACAAGUCUUCCUGUCUUUGCAAAUCUGCAUUACAACUCUGGCGUGCGUACGUUUUUACUCAGGAUACAAGACAAGCUGAACGAGAUUGGGGAUGCGAGCAAGCUCACACUAAACAUCACCACGUGGGACCAAGUCAUUUCAGUCGCCGACUCUUGGUUUUGGCUACAGCACGGCCUCCUACCAGUAUUUUUCUUAUAUUACUCUUUGCGCCAUGAUAGCCAAACGCAAACGCAAACCCAAAAACACGAAGUGGAAGGCAUGCUCUUCUUUUUACUUUGCUCCAUUUGCGCAAGAUUCGGCGGAACGCGGUGAAAAAUACGCGAACCGCGAUGUCGCCGCUUCAGAGUGUAUUGAAGAAUGAGAUUGACACUGUGAACAAGAUGAACGUAUCUUUUGCCAUCAAGGUAAUAUGGCGCGAAAACCAGCUGACGUUCCAGGAUGUGGAGCUUGCUUCGGUCUUGGCCGGGAACCCACCCCCGAAGGCCGCCUCCGACCGACCCGGACGUUUGAUGCUGUUCAACCAGCUGAUUGGCGGCGUGCGUUUGCAGCAACAAAAACUCAAAUCCUCGGGGUGCCCAGUGAACACGGAUUUGAACGCCUGGUACGACAUGCAGUGCCGGUCCGAGAUUCCCCUCACCGAGGCGUACGGGCCCGGCACCACUGCGCGCAACCUCCCCUUUCAGCCCGUUGCGGGGAAGAGCGGGAUCUUCGAGGCCUACUUCGACGUCGGGCGCCGCCUGUCCGCGGCAGGCGGCGCACUGGAGGAGGUGGAGCAUUUGCUGGUGCCGAACCGCUGGAUCGACGAGAACACCGAGUGGCUGGAGUUCCAGGCGGCCUUCUUCAACGCGCAGGUGCGCCUGUUCGCCAACCUGAAGGUUCGCUUCACCUUCGAGGACGGCGGGUACAUGCAGAAGUCGAUCCAGGUUGCUGCCACUUCCGCCAACCUGUAUCCGAACUUCGCCUACUACCUCCCGGACAUCAUCUGGAUGAGCAUGAUUUUCAUGCUGUUUCAGCAAGAGCUGUUCGAAGUGCUGAAGGCGCGAAGAAACAGCUAUCUGCUCGACUACCUGCGAGACAAGUGGAACUUUCUGGACUGGUGCACGAUCACCUUGGGGAUCGUCAUGGGCGCACUCUGGCUCGACAUGGUAUCGAAGCAGGGGGUGCUGGCAGAGGAAAUCGCGGCGCUACCCGCCACUCCGUCACAGAUUGACGCGGACGGCAACUUUGUGGCAAUAUCAAAUGUAAAAAUGUCUGGGUCUGGAAGAAUGCAACUUGUCAUGCGAAAUCUGAAGCAUGCAAAAAUCUGUGUUGCAUGAUUCGCAAAGGGCUAGUGCGCUGUAGACCCCCAGGACCAGGUAGACGCAGUCCCGACCGAAGUGGUAGGCGCUUAGGGUGGACUAUGUAUGUAGCGCUUAGGGCCCUUCCGUGCGGCCAGUUUGUAUGUCCCGCAACGGGGUUCGCCUAUGUCGGUCAUUUGUAUGUGAGGCGAUGGGUUACCCGGUCGGCAGAGCCGAUCCACAACGAACGAAUGACUCGCAAAAGUCGUCCAGUUUUGACCAAGUCGGGAGGGAGUUUCUCAUGCAGGAUAGGCAUGAGAGAGAUGGAGAUCGCGCAGAAUGUGUCAUGCUAGGUCCUGUAUUCCAGACCUCAUGGGUCAUGGAAAAGCUGCAUGACAAGUCGCGCACUCUUCCAGACCCAGACACUUUUACACUUGAUAGGCAACCAGCAGCAUCGAAAGCUACCACGACCAGUGGGGACAGAUCAUCGACAAAAUCCAAGAUUUAUCGCAAAAAAAAACUGCUUCACUGAACUUGUGAUGCAGAAAAUGCAACACAGAACGAUUUGUGUUGCUACACCUGCAAGGCAUUGGAUUUUCAAGCGCGUUUUCCCUUGGGAAGCGCGCAUGACAAAUUUUCAGUGUCAUGUGUAAACAAACUUGUGAUGCGGAUUUUGCAAAAUCAUCACAGUGAAACAGUUUUUUCGUGGGAUAAGAUUUGGCCGACCAGCAAUGGUAUUGUUCACAACCUUUUUUGCAGCUCCUUUUACCGCAAAGUGUGCUGUGCAUUUUUUGUUGAUAGAUGUGUAACCAAAGGGUAAUUUUAAUGUUCCAAAUAAGCUUUUUAUAUGAGGGACGAUGAUGUUUCUGUUUCAGGAGACAAAACCAAAAGUCAUUAAACCGCACAGGAUCCAGUACAAUCUGCUGUUUUGGUACACGCUGAUCCUGAUGAUGCGUUUCUUCAAGGCCUUCCAGGGACAGCCCCGGCUCGCGGUACUGUCAUCCGCGCUCUACCUCAGUGUGGUGGACAUGGUACAUUACCUGCUCAUCUUUUUCGUCGUCUUCGUUUCCUACGCGCUCGGCGGCCAUGCCCUGUUCGGGAGUUUAUUGGAGGACUGGUCCACGACAUCGAAGGCUGUGAACACCUCCUUUCUGGCGAUCCUAGGCGAGUUCGACUUCAACGAGAUGUUUGAUUUGAGUCCGAUCACCGCGACGCUUUGGUUCUGGAGCUUCAUGAUUAUCAUGACCUUUAUUCUGCUCAACCUGCUCAUUGCGCUCAUCUUCGAUCAUUACGCAGAACUCAAGUCGCGGGUCGGAGACGCAAAAGGUAGAAGUAGUCUGUUAACUGUUUUUACAGCCGACGUGUCAAUUAUGUCAUCAGUCGAUCCGCCAGGUCCUGCGGCCUUGUGGCUCAUGUUGCGCUGCUAGUUGUGGAGCGGCUGUCGCUAUGUGCUGUUUGUGUUUAUUUACGAUAAUUCAGGCCUCGACAACCUUGCGGAUGCAGAAAACGCCAGAAGAUGAAACUAAUUUUCGGAGAGUGCGAGAAUUAAUUCCCCAAACCAAUAUUGUACUACAGGUGUUUUUGCGCAAGCGGGUGAGUUCAUAGGGGAGCUGAACUGGAACGUGGACUGGCUGUUGCAGCGGCGUGCGUAUCUGCAGCUCGGGAUUCUGAACAGCGAGAUGGAGAAGCUUUUCAAGGGCGUGAAGAGCGUCGAGGAGAUUUACGAGGACUUCUGCACCGAAUCGGGAGAGGCUCUCGCCUACGGUCGUAAGACAGUGUUGGCGCAGCGAACGGAGACGCGACUCGCACAACGGGCCGCGUACGAGAGCAAACAAGAUAGCGCAGCCACGCAGGAAUCCCCCCGCACAAGAAGAAAACGGCAGCGGGACGAGGAAGCGGAGAAAAAGCCCGGCGGGGCGGAGACAAAGAAGAAGGACGACGAACCCGACCGCGACCCGGGAGCCACCGCAAAAGCAGAGAGAACCGUCACCGACGCCAUGGUGGCCAUCGCCGCGAAGAACAAGGAGAAGGACGCGACCAUGAUGAGUGGCUCGCUCGCGAGCAAGAAGAUGAGCUUGGCGGACGCGGCGGUGCUAGCGAAAAUGAUUUUCCAGGACGAAGAGAAAAUGUCCAAGGCCGAGCGGGAGAGACAGCGACUGCGGAUGCGCAUCGACGUCCUAGAUUUGGAACAGCAGUUUAACGUGGAGCCCAGGUUCGCGCGGCAUCUCAUGCUGGAGUGCAAGAAACACCUCGAUUCGGAAGUCGAUUACCAGGAGCAAAGAUCAAAUGAAAUGAAGCAGCUCGUCACGGACACGGAGGCCACAGUGAAGCAAGUCGAUCACCACUGUCAGGACAUUGAGGACGUACGUUGCUUUUUCGUUUUGUAAGUAUGUACUUUUCUUGUUCGCGAUCUGUAUUCUUGGGCUGUUUUAUGUCAUCAAAGGGGUCAGAAGUAUAGUACUGUGUACAGCUGCUGCUGCACUCACGAAAAAAUCCGCAGAAGAAAGUCAUUGAAACUACAUACUUGAAAAAAUUCAAAUGUUUAUCAAACAGUCACUUCGUACCUCCGUCCGCAACUUGGUCCGGGAAAGCUUCAAGGUCGAUAGUGUAGCGCAGGCCAUGCUCCAGGAAGUAAUUGACUUGCAUCCGCGCGUUGGCUUGCUGGUUCCGCGAGGGUGUGUGACCUCAUGGGGUGAGAAAGGUAUCACGUCGACUCUUCCCUCGGAACCAUUAAGCCCAAGCGGUGCUGGCGGAGAGCAGGAUACUGGAAAGUCGACUCGGAAUAAGGUGCGAAACGCAGGCAAGAAGGUGGCAUCCAGUCUGCUGGCGCUUCAAAACAUCUAAACGAUUCUUGAUGAUGUUGUCCUCCGGAUUGAUCGAUGAUCUGCCCUGCGGGCGGAAUUUUGGCGCGGAAACAAAAAAGCGACGCAGAGGUGAACCAUCGCGAAAAAGAUACCGCGUUAAUUCAAAAGCCAAUAGCUGAAGCUUGCUUGUGCUUGCUGUCCUUUUUUUUAGCAGUUCGUUGAGCGCUGAGAACUUAGUUAGACUGACUUUAUCAUUUAGACUUGCAAAUUGCAAAAGAGAAAGCUCUAUUUCAAUGCGUUUGCGUUUGACUUUCUUGAUCUCUGACCUGCGUUUACAUCCUGCGUUUACAUCCAAAGAAUCGACGUUUACUUCGGCUCGUGAUCCAUCAUGGAAUCAUGAGGUGCACGAUGCACGGACGUUGUGAACAAAGUGGAAGGAGAUGAAUUAGCUACUUCAACGGAACUUUAUUUGUGGCUCUGGUCUCGACGACUUCUUGUACUUGCUGUUGCUUGUUGCAAGAACAGGCCUGUACUUGGGCCAGGUUGAAAUGUGUGGUGGAUAAAUGUGGAAAAGUGACGCAACGCCAAUGACGAAAUGGAGGCGAUUGCUGUGGUGGCAAAGUGA